CGCACCACAGCUUCCUGCCAGAUAGUGCUCCCUAACAACAGACAAAGCUUGAGUCUGUGGAUUUACAUGAAGACGCGGAUUUAAAGACGCUCGUCCUUCGCUCCAUCGAUGGGUCCGGACAGGCUGUGUAGGUAGAGGGCUGAGCGUGCAGACAUGUCGGGUCGCUCCGCUGCAGAGAUGGACGACUCGCAGGAGCUGCCGGAGCUGCCGUCAAAGAAAGCCAAGCUUGACAUUGAUGGUGGACUGGAGAAAGAUUCCAGUGGUCUUGGUGACGAUGGGAGUCCAGCUGCUGGUUUAGGUCCUUCAGAGCAGGAGAACUCAUAUUCUGCGCUGUCCACCGCUCCGCUGGAUCCAGACGACCAGGAGCAGUCGGACAUCGACAGAGGAGCAGCGUCUCAGGACUGUGGCAACACGAUGAACUCAUACGCACAUUCUGCCACAGAUUCAACUGGCACUUCUGAAUACACCCAACAGGUUUAUCAAGGAAGCAAUCCCGCGGUGACAGCGUACACCGGUCAGAUGGGAUUUCCUCCUCUGGUCCAGUCCACUGUGUACUCGGCCUUCCCCCAGACGGGCCAAACCUACGGCCUCCCACCGUUUGGUGCUAUGUGGCCAGGCAUAAAAACAGAGACAGGGCUGCCUGAGGCCCCCUCUGGUGGCCAGCCUGGGUUUCUCAGCUUCAGCACCACAUAUACCUCAACCCAGCCAGGCCAGCUGCACUACUCAUACCCCAGCCAAGGCUCCAGUUUUACAACAUCCAGUGUGUACUCCAACAUCCCCUCAGCUACAGCCACCACCACGGCCCCCACCACAGCGACCCAACAGGAGUUCAGCAGCUACAACUCUCUGGGUCCCAGUCAGUUCUCCCAGUACUACACUCUGCCUCCCAGUUACGUCCCGGCCGGGCUGGCCAGCAGCGACGAGCAGGGGGCGGGUGUGGCCGGAUAUUCGGCUGUGAAGUCAGAGGAGGCCGCCUCAGCCGGACUUCCUCCCAGAGAUGCCUCUCCACCAGAGAACCUCCCAGUAGGAGCAGCUCUUCCCAUUAGCGUGGCGCUCCCUGCUGAUGCCAGGGAGCAGGACGAGGGCGGCCGCAGGAACUCUGUUGGGAAAGCUAAAGGAAAAGGGAAGAAGUCUGAGAACUCCCCACCGGCGGACAGCGACCUGGAGCGUAUCUUUCUGUGGGAUCUGGAUGAGACCAUCAUCAUAUUCCACUCACUGCUCACUGGCUCCUACGCACAGAAGUUUGGCAAGGACCCAGCGACGGUGUUGAACUUGGGUCUGCAGAUGGAGGAGCUGAUCUUCGAGCUGGCCGACACUCACCUUUUCUUCAAUGACCUGGAGGAAUGUGAUCAAGUCCAUGUUGAGGACGUGGCUUCUGAUGACAAUGGCCAGGACCUGAGUAACUACAACUUCUUGGCCGAUGGCUUUAAUGGUCCCAGUGGUGGAGGAGCAACAGGAACCACAACCGGAGUGCAGGGAGGAGUGGAGUGGAUGCGUAAACUGGCCUUCCGAUACCGCCGGCUAAAAGAGAUCUACAACAGCUACAAAGGAAGUGUUGGAGGUCUGUUGAGUCCGAUGAAGAGGGAGCUGCUCGGACGACUUCAGUCUGAGAUCGAGAACGUGACGGACGCUUGGCUCAGCACGGCGCUGAAGUCUCUGCUGCUCGUCCAGUCCAGGGGGAAGUGCAUGAACGUGUUGGUCACCACCACUCAGCUCGUCCCUGCACUGGCCAAGGUCCUGCUCUACGGACUGGGAGACGUCUUCCCCAUCGAGAACAUCUACAGUGCAACCAAAAUAGGAAAAGAAAGUUGCUUUGAGAGAAUCAUUUCUCGCUUCGGGAAGAAAGUAACUUACGUGGUGAUCGGAGACGGUCGAGACGAAGAGUUUGCAGCGAAACAGCACAACAUGCCUUUCUGGAGGAUCUCCACCCACGGCGACCUCGUGUCCCUGCACCAAGCGCUGGAGCUGGACUUCCUGUAGAGGAGCGGCUGCACUGAAUGUCGUUCACACUAAAAGGGAAAACGUGGUCGUCGUCCUGUUGGCUCAUGGAGAUGCACUGCGUGAAAAAAUCCUUCAGAACCCCAACAACACACACUCGCUUUUUAGAAUCUGCUCUAAAGGACGACGCGGUGUGUGACGGUAAAUGUACUGAGACGGACGUUUGGUUCGGAGCUGAUUGUGAGUGACAGACUGGACACAGCCGUCAGCUGAAUUGAGGUUCCUCACGUCCGGCACCCCCCCCUUUCGGCAGCUAACCUCACCAUGGCUGAGACUGGCACUGAUUUGGAAACAGAAGGGAAGACAGAUUUUAACUUUCUCCUCCUUCUCGGUCUUUGGCCUCUUUUUCUUUGUUCAAUAUGAAAAAUCUCCUGCAGUAAACGCUUUCCUGUUCAUUUUGUAUAUUUCUUUUUCCUUCUGGAUAUUGACAACCAAAGGGCCCUUCUUCUUAAAUGUCCUUCUCUUGUGGAGUAGUUGUAGCUUUAUAUUUAGACCCUGUAUUAUUUGAAAGAAUAAUAUCAAAGCAAACAUCGGGUUGUUUUGCACUCGUUCAAAGACUUGAAGGCUUCACUUUGCAAAUCACUGACUUUCUAGUUUCUGACCAUCAUCGAGAAUCAAAUUAUAAUGUUUGUAUUUGAGUCGGAUUUUUAACACAAGGUACGAGUCUGCUGCCCCCCCGGUCAAACCACCCGUCAGUCAGCUGAGCUCCUCGUGGUGUGAGUGUGUGAUCUGUGGUCAGCAGGCGUGUGCUGAGAAUCACCGGUUUCUGGAUGAACUAACACUUUUCACCACAAUCCUCAGAGUAUUUAAAUCGUCUCUCAAGUGCAGCCAUCAACAGAACUCUCAGAAAUCAUCUAGGUGUAUUGAGUAUACUUCAUUUUCCCUGUGUGAACAUAUUAUCCGUGUAUUAGAACUCGAUAAUGUGGUAGAUGUGAGACGCGCCGCUCGUUUCUCAGAAUUUGAUUUGUUUCCCUCUGCUGGCUGAGAGAGCCGUCUCUUCUUUCUUAAGCUACAAGUUUUAAAAAGUCGUCUUUUGCCUGAAACUUUCUUUAACACGAAGCUGAUAACGAUCGCUUGGUUUUCACUGGACGACGACAUUUUUCGUUUCCUGUCUGGUGUCUUGGUUUUAAAAAGGUGUUGCGAUGGAAGUGUAUUUAAAAUCAUGGCUGUCCUAAAUGAUAUAAAGCAGCUCAACCGAUGUGUUAUUGGCUUGUUGUUAAAUCUCAUUUCAAUAUUCUUCUAUUUUUUGUGUCUACGAAAGCACAAAUGCAUUGUUGAUGAAAUCGACGGUCAUUUUUUUUACCAAAAAGUAAUUUUUGUUUACAAAGGCGUUUUCUUGGCUUCUGUUUCAGGUUGUGUGUUAUUUACCUGUCGUUUGUUUUUAACAGUUCUUUAAAACUUCUUCAUUGUCAAUUAAUAACUUUUUCUCGCCUCAUUUUUGUCUAAAUCUUCAACAAUUAAUCUGAUUUAUGAGCAGCGGUGACGACUGUGCAAUACAUUUCUCCUUUGCUCAUUAACUGUAUUUCAAAAGGGAUUUUUUUUUUUUUUUUUUUUUUUUGCUGCUUGUUGAAAAUGGGGAGUGGGGGGGGAGGCGACAACUUCCCUGACUCUGAGAUUACGACUGAACAAUUCUGAGCCUGAAGAAGAUUUCUACACACAUGCAGCUCGACCGUUACGAUUGUGUAUUUGUGUGUUACUCGUUUGUGUUACCCGUGUGCCUGUUCAUAUUUAUAUUGUGCCUUUUAACCCAUCAUCCGAACGCAUUAAUCUCAAAGGGAAAUUGUGUAAGAUUUUUGUGUUGGAUACAUAUAUCACUGCAUUGUUGUACUAUCCAAAGUGUUACUUUCUUUUAAUCCCAUAUUUGUGUUGUUGUUAUUGAGUUAGACUUUUGGAUUGAACUGUCCUGUCUGCACUGUAUUUAAAAGGUCUCCUAGGAAAAGAGUGUUUGGUGUUGAUUGCUCUGUGUUUUUCCGCUAAUGGUUCCCAGUUGUUAGUAUUUUGCCCAUUUUACUGGUGAAAAUCUAAUUUCCCAACAUCAGCUUUUAUGGCUCCUUUUGAAAAGGUUUUAUUUAGCUGCUGUUGAAAACCCUGCGUGGCUCAGACAAUCACAACCUGUUGGACACGCGGUUUCCUUUUUUUUUAACGCAGGUCAGAUUACGAAAGAGAAAGGCACGUUUUGAAGAGGCCGUGCUUUUUUACGAUCGCUCGGUGUCCUAAGGAGAAAUGAGAUCAUUAGCCCCUGACACACAUCUGAGAAAAACACGAGACCAUAUGCAAUCUCUGCGUUUUCUCUUUACUUUAUUUGCAUGCGACCAUGCAACAUUUAAAGGUCUGUAUUCUUAGACGUGUCCUCUUUUUCUUUUUAAUGCCAAAUACUGUUGUUGAUUUUUAAAAUACUGUCUUGUUUAUUUUUCUAUCCUUUUUUUUUUAAGUAUUUCAUCUCAUUUUCCCGGACCUGUGAGGCUGCGAGUACAGAGCCUGAAUAUGAUCCUGUAAACUGAACCCUGUCAUUAUUACUCAUGCUAAUUUAAUUACAGUAAUCACUAUCUCCCCUCAGUUCCUCGACACGGUCCUGUAAGGUUUUGCCUGAACCUGAGACUCUCAAUACGAUGUAAAUAAAUUUUAAAGUUUCAGACUCAA